CUGUGCAGUACACGCUAUGGACAAUGGUUUUGAUACCAGUGUAGCACCAAACAUGGCGACGCCCACUGAUAACUGACUUGUAAUUCAGAGACUCAAAAACGGUACAUGUGUCAAGGCAUCUGCGAAAUCAUGGCAGAUGAUACCAGCCCCCAUCGUUACUUGAUAGAUGCUGAAGAAGAAAACGAACCCACCCUUCCCCUCCCCACACCCCUCCAAGAUGUUCCUUCCACCAACGUUUUGGCACAUAGCAUCUUUCCGCCUCCAGUUGAACCAGAGAGUAAAUCUGAUACGAGCAGUGGGGAAUGUAAAGCUGUUCACUUGGUGAUGACAAAUGGCUUUCUGAGCGCAAAUGCAGAAAUCGGUCUCGACGACACUGUCCCCCUAGGAGGCCGGUUACUCCAUGAUGACCCUGGCGAGAACGAUGAAGAACAUUGGACGGAAAAUGGUCAUGUGCAGUUUGAGCUGGGUGAUCGUGCUCAUGUCUCAGUAAUCCGUUAUCCACGACUCAAGAAGGCUAGGAUGAGGACAAAGAGAGUUGUUGAACACUUAGCAGUCAGACUAAUUGGUGUCGGCCUUGUCAUAUUUGACAUCAUCAUUGUCAUUUUGGACAUAGUGUUCAACCCACAGAACAUUGCAACCAUGGAGGCUUACGAUGCCAUCUCUGUGGCAGUGUGGUGCUACUUCCUGAUCGAAAUUUGCCUGAGAAUAUUCGCCAAGGGGAAAAAGUUCUUCCGAACUAAGCUGGACUUACUGGAUCUUCUGAUAGUGACAGUAACAGGGUCUGUCACCAUUGUCUAUGUGUCAGUUGACUUGACUGGAAGUUAUUUGAAAUUGGUGGUAGUGUUUCGUGUUCUACGCAUCUUCCUCCUGGUCAGGCUCCUGAGUGAAAGGAAACAUGUAUCCAAGGCAACAAGGAAAAUGGUUUCCCAAAACAAAAGGCGGUACAGGGAGGACGACUUUGACCUGGAUUUGACCUACAUCACAGACCGAGUCAUAGCCUCUUCCUUCCCUUCGUCUGGCAGCCAGGCUAUCUACAGGAAUCCCAUUGAAGAAGUGGCCCGGUUCCUGGACACCAAGCAUCCAGACCACUACAAAGUCUACAACUUAUGCAUUGAGCGACACUAUGAUGAGUCUUUUUUUCACAAUCGAGUUGGCAGAGUUCUUAUUUAUGACCACAAUGUUCCAAGACUCAAAGACCUUGUGGCAUUCUGCGCUGAUGCAAGGCAGUGGAUGGAAGCAGAUAACAAGAAUAUUCUCUUCAUUCACUGCAAGGGUGGCAAAGGAAGGACUGGUCUGGCCGUCUGUGCUUGGCUGUUAGAGAGUGGAGUGUUCACUGAUACCAAGGAGUGCAUGGGGUACUUUGGCGUUAGGCGGACUGACUACACAGAGGGUGAUAUGUACCAGGGUGUUGACACACCCAGCCAGAGUCGAUAUGUGGAUUACUUUCAAAAAAUCAAAUACUCCCUAGGCGGACAUGUUCCAUCACCAACUCCUCUGACAAUCAACACUGUUCGUAUUUCAGGAAUUCAAGGUGUUGGUAAAGGUGAUGGAAGGGAUUUGUGGAUGGAGGUGCACUCUGAUGAAGUUUCUCUUUUCUCCUGCGAUUUCCGGUGUAACAUCAAUUGCAGUGUGGUUUAUGACUUUGACAUGGACACUGUGAUAAUUCAGGUGAAGAACUCCCCUGCAUUUAGCGGGGAUGUUCAGAUCAAGUUUAAAUCUUCCAACAAAAAAAUUCCCAAAGCAUAUGGAGAAUGCGCAUUCUUUUUCUGGUUCUACACAGGCUUUAUCAGUGACAACAGGUUAUACUUACUGAGGAAGGACUUGGAUAACCCACACAAGGCCGAAGCAUGGAAGGUUUACCGGGACACCUUUGCCGUGGAUGUCACAUUUGGCCCUGUUGCAGAGAGCGAGACAUGAUGAUUCAGGAAAUGGCACUGAGACAUUCAUUGAUGGAUCCGCAUUGAUGGAUCCGAUCAUCGAAGUUGUGGGGGGGGGGGCCAUAGCUCCUCCAAGGGGCUUUGGGGAUAUAAAGAGAGAAAAUUUAUUUUGGGGAAAAGUUAAUUUUCCUCCCUUCCAACAGCACGUAAAAGCCCCAGAAUUCAGCCACACUCCAAAAAAAUCCCUCUCAAAUAUUUUGGGAAUACAUGUAGACCUGCCUUUGGAGACAGUCGUCAUCAUCUAAACUUCAAAUGCAGCUGCACUUGUUUCAAAUAUUUUAACUGUUUGAAAACUGUUGUGUUACAUUCUUUGGGUUUUUGACGUGCAAAUGAAAUUUCUCAUUGUUUAUACAACUGUAACUGGGUUGACAUUGAAGGAAUUCUUGCAAUCAUGAUUUUAUCAUUUGGAAAUUUAAAUUUUGAAUCAUACACAUGCAGUGCAUGCAACAAUUAUUUUUUGUUCAGUCUCUUGAAGAUAUCUGGAUGCAUUCUGAUCAGUAUUAAAAACCUGUGAAACUUAUUAAUGCAAACAUCUAUUAACAUAAAUUUAUGCACUAUAUUUUUCUUGCAAACCCUAAGUCCACUUAAUGAGGUUUAAAAGAACAAAGUAUAUAUUUUAUUCUGGGUUUUGAUAUACAGAUAACCAUUUCUUAAUAUUUCUUGAAUUAUCAUGUGAAACGGCAUGAGAAUGAUAUAGUUGUUUAAAUUUUAUUUCCAUGACUUAACAUAUCAGUAUGGAAAGUUUGCACAUUUUGAUGAAACUUGUAUUAAUAAAAACACUGUAUAGACCAGUCUAAUUCAAUGAAUAAUUUAACAACGGUGUGCUUAGAAAUUGUGCAAGCAACCAAUUUCACAUUUAUGAUAAUACUGUCUUUCUCUCAACGAGUUAGUUUGUUGAAACUUUCUUUUCACUCUUAUGUAUAAGUUGUGUCACUUGUCACCAAAUCAGAUUAAUUUGUCCUUAAUCAAGUAAAAUAAACUGACUGUACUUAAAUGUUUUUAUCUGUUGUUAGUCAAGUAUGCACACAUUCAUGCCGAGCCAAUAACUUUUUUUCUGGAGUUGUCGGCUGUGCAGAAGAUAUCACCGGUUCUUUUCAGAACCCCCCAUACUCAAAAAAGAGAUAUCCACGGUGCUACCACAAACCUAUAGUUUACAAAAGAUACUUUGCAAAUGUCCUGCAGUGUUUGAUGGCGACCACUAAGUAACUUGUACCAUGUGCUGGUUGAUUUGUUUUGCAAUUUUCACUAGUCAUUGUGAAAUUGAAAUUGUCAAGACUGUGGAAUAUUUUUGAAAAUAACAUUAGAUUUUCUUCCUUUUCCGGUAAUUUGAUGCCCAGCACCUGCUGGCCAGGGUGCAGUGGAUUGUUGCGAUAAUGGGAGAGCAAAGUGGAAUUUAAAUGCCAGUAUAAAAGGUAGUCGCCGUUAAGCUGCCAGGAUUCCUGUCAAGUAUGCGGCUCACUGGACCCUUUUUAAUCUUGGGCCGUUUUCCAAUACUAAACUUCGUCUCCGUCUCAGACUUCGUUCCAAAAACCAAUCCCCGAUUGUGGGC